CCCCCGAUACAUCCGCCAAGAACUCCGCGACGGGAGAACCCAUGGUGUACAAACUAGAACGGAGCCUCUACGGCCUAUCGCAGUCGCCUGCGCUCUGGAGCGACACCCUGGACAAAUCCCUCACGGUAUUCGGAUGGAAAAGGACUCAAUCCGACCCCUGCGUGUACGUGUAUACCAGCGGCAACAUCAUCGUGAUUCUCACGGUCUACGUGGACGAUAUUCUCAUCACAGGACGAGACCAGCAGCUCGUGGACCAGAAGAAGAAGGAGCUCACGGAUCGAUUCGAGAUGACCGACAUGGGAGAGGUAAAGCGGAUCCUCGGGAUCGACGUGCAGCGAGACUACGAGCAAGGAACCCUGGCCAUUUCACAGGAGCACUAUGUGAACGCACUUCUGGAGCGGUUCGGAAUGCAAGAGGCCAACCCAGUGAGCACUCCUGGAUACGGAGCGGAAAUCUACACGGAUCAACCUCAGGACCAAAUCCUAGGACCCACGGACAUGAAAAUCUACCAGUCGAUGACAGGAAGCAUCCUCUACCUGGCCCAGUGCACGCGAUUCGACCUCUCCUACGCUGCCCUACAACUUUCCAAGGCCUGCAGCAACCCAGCGCAGUUCUUCCUAUCGUCUACAAGAGAAGACAGUUUCGGCUAG